AUGAUUACUUUCAUUAGCAAAAUGAAUGAUCUCCAAAGGCAGGUGAGUGGAAUCUCAGAAAAUAAUUUUCAUACAGGUGAAAUUGACACGGCCGUUAAGGCCGUCGACCAGAAGGUGGACGAGUGUAUUAAGAAAGAUGGUGGCUAUGCCUAUAACUUUAUCAAAAACAUUUCACAUGCCAAGAAACACGUAGAUGAUUUAUCUGAACACUUAAAACAUAGAGUUAAUAAUGUUAAAGAUUGUGUUUUCCAUGAACGUAGCAGGCUGCAUGAAAUUCAUAAGACGCUGCAGAGUGAUAGGGAAGCCGUCGUCAAGUUGGUUGAGAGCCAGCUCAAUGAUGCUAGAGAUAAGAUUAAAUUACAGAUCACGCAAGAAGUUACUGCGCUUGUCGGACAGUUGCAGAAAUUGGUUAUCCAGAUUAAAAGUAAGUUGGAAGAAAUUGACAGGUGGCUGAAGCAGUACGUCACCGACUUAGAAACUCGAAUGAAGGAAGCUGAAGAAAUUGUUAGGGCAGUGGAACAGAAGGUGGAAAAAAUAUUGGAGGAGGUUCAUAAGGAUGGUAAACAUAUAAAUGAUCUUAAAGCAGCCGCUAACAUGAUUAGGCAGCACGCUUAUUCGCUUUGGGAGGCUGGCGAUCAGGCUAAAAGGAACGUUAUCGCGGAGGUCAAGACGGCGCUUGGAGAGGUUGUGAAAACGAACUUGGCGCUGAGGGGGGAUUUGGACCAUGUGAAGACGGCGCUUUUGAUGGGAAUUAGGCAGUAUGUUAAGACGAACUUGCUCACUACCAUUAAGGGAGACGUUGAUACCAUUAAGGGGAUUGGAAAGGAUGAUGGUCUUGGGGCAAUUAGGAGGAGAAUAGUGGAAGAGUAUGCCAAGCAGUUUGGCACGGCGACAUUGGCCAGCAAGGUGCAGGAUUGGUUGGAAAGCAUUCUGGAGAGUAAAACGAUUAUGGACAAAAUUGGGGAAAGUAUUGGCAGAAAGGGUGUAUCACUGGAGGAAAUCUUCAACGGUGACCAGGGUGUUGAAGGUUUUGCAGCGACAAUCGUUAGUCAACUACGUAGCGAAAUGGAGGAAGCCACAAGGGAUGUCCAAUUUGACGAAAAAGGAGACAUUGAAGUCACUCUCACUGCUGUCAUGUCCGUUUGCAAUAAAUUUGCCAAGGGGCUUGAUAAGGUUAUUGAGCAAAAACUAGAUACAAUCGUCGGCGUGAUUAAUAUUCUGCCGGGGUUGGAUGUUGGGGGCCCACGCAACAAAGAUCUAUACCUCAGAGGCGCUGUCCGUAUGGUUCUUCAACAACUCGUCGGUGCGGCCAGGCAGGCUGGCGGGGAGCUUUACUCGUUCACCGGUGAAGAUGAUGAUAAUUACAAUCUCGGCAGGAACGUUGACAAGGCGCUUAAAGUGGCUGGGGAGCUGUCGGAAAAUCUCCGAACGGCGACUAGCAUCGACCGCGACGCCGUCCCCGCUCCCAAGUCCCCCUACGAUGUUGAUACGCAGGUCAACACGGUACUGGAUGGUAAAAUUGGAAAGACAAAUAGUGUUGAUGCACUUGGUAAAGUCGACAUUGAGAUUACGCAGUUCAGCAGUUAUGAUAAGUUCCUUAAACAAGCAAAACUUAAAAGUGAUAAGGCUCAACUAACCGGCAAUCCAGGCGACGACGAAGGCUCUUUCCCCCAGGCCAUCAAGAAAAUUGAGACGCAGGUGAAAGAGGCUUUGAAGACAAUUGAGAGUCUCAACGGCGAAGCCGAGACGCAGUUACAAACUACCUACCGGCAUCUCGACAGUUUAUGCCAAGCUAUCACGGAAUUUGCAGAAACCGGCCACGAUAGCGCUAAAAAGAACAUAACGGAGUUGAAAAGAAAAAUUGGCAUCACUCUAAAGGGUGAGCAGACAAGCUUCCAAAAAGUUCAUUAUAAUCUUAAUCAGCUUAGAGAAGAUAAUUUGAAGAAGGCAAUCAACGAUGCCGAAAACUUUUCUGUUGAAGCCGAUAAGGAAAAGAAGAAAACAAUCAGAAAACUCAACGCAUUUGUCACCUUCACAAUUGACAGUGUCAGAGACAACAUCACCAACGACCUGAAAUCCCGCUACGUCAAAUUCAUCAAGUCGCAGCUCACAAAGUUCGCCGAGAAAGUAGAAAAGGAAAUCGGAACGCUCCCAAAAGACAUAACAAAAGAUGCCGACAAGGGCUUUAAAGGCUUCAUGGGAGUGCUCGAGCAGAAAUUGACGGACAGUAAAAUACAAGAAUUGGGUGAAAAUGCUAAACUGGGAGAUUUAUCUCCCAAGGUUCAGAAGUUCUUCACUGACCUCCCCAAAACGCUGAUGAAGAGGUCUGACAUCAUGCCUCCGGACAAACUCUCCUUACUUUCCAGAACACUUAAAACAUUAUUCACUGACCUCACCAAAUACAACAGAAACUUCGUCACAAACUUAUCCGCACUUAACACUUUACUCACCGAAAUACACCCUGAAUCGUACGCCAACCAAAGCAACCCGCUGCUGCAGUUCCUCAAAGGAGGCAUAACAGAUAUGCACGGGGAGCUAGAUAAGGCGUAUGUAUCAGUGUACGAUAGUGAGAUUAUCACAAUAUAUAACGACAUAACUAAGAGCAUAACCUCUGAUGGUACAAAGUGCGCGAAAAUUGUGCUCACCAUUGUGCCCACCGUAUAUCACACCUUAACACAGCUCAGAAGAGAGCUUCAUGAAUCAGACGGCAAAUGGAACUCUUAUAACAUAUAUGAUUCCAAAGAGUCCCACCAUAGCUUACAUAGACUAUUCUUUAAUGAUAAUGGUUACGAUACCGGCCUUGCCGGUAAAGUGGAGCACGGCGAACUGAAUCACAAGUCUGGGUUCACGGGUCAGAAUAUUCUUACCAAACUCAACGACACAACUCAUAAUUUGUUUGUGACUAAUAAACAGUCACUUAAAGCAUCUGCCAUCGCUCCUACAUCCGAUGACAUACCCUUCGAAUACACGGGCGAGAACGGUGUCAUCCCAAGCCUAUAUGAUUACCUUAAGAAAUACUUCAAUGUAUGCCAUUAUACGCAUAUUAAAUCACCCAGGAUACCGUGCUCCGUUUAUGAAAUGUUACUUUGGGUUUGCGGUUUACAGUUCAGUCCCGUAUUCAAACCACUUUUAGAUCACGUUAACGAAUUAUUCAUGGUGCCCAUUGAUGGAGACCCAUCGAAAAAAACCCUUAAGCCUAUCGAUGCCUCACCGUCCACCAUUAGCGCCAGCGACAUUUGUACAACUAUUGAAGAGAUAUGUUUUAAAUCCUACCCUGUCCUCACUACUAUUGCGGGCCACGGAGACGCCUAUACGACAUACGCCUGUGAGUUCUCUACUAACUCCCUCAAAUUCAAAUAUCCCACAAGAGGUGAGGAAUGCUUUCAACUCUUGCUCGAUAUCCUCCGUAAACUAUUCCCUCCACUUAGAUUUUUGUUUGGUCAAUGUAGUAACCCGGCGUCUGAGCAUGGUUGGUUGAAGUGCCAGUACGGCAGGGACAUUACUACAGUCAAUCAGCCCUGCAAAGCGCAUUCAACCGACAAGGCAAAUGGACAGUCAACGUCUAAACCUAUGUGCCAACCAAAUGGUCAUCCAAAUGACCAACCAACGUGCCAACCUAGAUCACCACUUAUGAGCUACCUAAAUGAUACCUUACCCGGUCACUUGCCGCACCAACUCAACUCGGUUGGCUGCAAGUCUGUAUGUAAAUCGUGCCCUGGUAGUACACCCGGAAUGCCUUGCUUGACACCUCUGGGAUUCAGGGAAUUUUCUGGCAGUAUUAAAACGGGUAAAGACAUAUGCGACAUACUUGGUGACUUGUUUGAAACUAACAAUAUAUCUGCCGUGUUCUGCCUAUCGCCUAAGCCACCGUCUACAUUGCCAGAGCAUUUUGGUUUUGCGUUGUAUUUAGUUAAGGGCUGGCUUCAUAGUUCCCAAUCUAAGAAAGCCACCAUGAACAAAUUCACCCUUCAAGCGUCAUUUGAGUCAUCUAUCACUAACACAUCCAUCAAGCUGUUCGAAAAUGCGGAUCGCUUUACAAAUGCCCUUGCCAACGCAUAUGGAUCUGACUCUGUAAGGCAUUCCGAAUGCCAACAUCCUCAUUUGAUGAAUCUCACAAUUACUGACUUCUGCAACAGCAACAUAAAAAGGAUAGAAUGCGCUCCCUACCUUUCGAGUCUUUAUAGUGAUGCCUAUCACCACCUUGCCAACAAACAUUCUAACACCUAUUUAUCAUGGGCGGUUUACUUGCCAUGGGAUUUCUGGAGAAAUAUUUUCUGCAGGGAAUGGGGAUGUCGUCGCUGUCUACAUCACGGAGCCUGUACACCAGGGAGUCAUGGAAGUUUCGAGACUCCUUGUCACUGCAAAUCACUUGUGACAUGUAAAGGUGUGACGCCAACACUGUAUAAAUGUGGGUUCAUGUUUGGCGAUGCCAUUGCAAUCAAUGCACUGAAUACACGAAGGACGUGCGCCACCUUUGCAAAACAUUUGAAGAGCGUUAUACAAUCGCAUUAUUUCAAAACUCUAUUUGAAAUCAUUGACAACUUCAUGUUCACAAUUCGCGCACCUUUCAUAUGGACCUUGCUAGCCCUCUGGUCGCUGUCGCUCCUCUACCUGCUGCACAUCGCCGUCGUCCGCCUCGACGUCCUGAGGAUACGCUCCCACUUAAGGCCACCCUCAAGCCACCGCAUCGCCGCGCAGUCCCUCCUCGCCGCCGCACGCGUCAAGGCACUCGCCAACGUCAAGUACUUCUCACCAUAA